GCUGCGCCAAAACAAAGAACGAAGGCAGAUAUUAUAGGAACAACUGCCCGACUGUUAGGCAGAGAUGAUCAAUAUAAUACAACUGAAUCCAUCCGUGUGGUGCCAUGGACUUGCAGUCCCCUUUCCGAUAAAUAGCUAGUUAGAAGACUACAACAGAAUUUGCUAGUCUAACUAGCUAGCUACCGGUAACGAGUUAGCCUAGCUACGUUUAGGAAGUGAGAGCACAACACAUGACUGAGAGCAAAACGUUGAGCCAACUAGUUAGCUAGUCCAUAAAAAAACAGCCAUGCAUAAUAUUGAUUUACUUAGCUAGCGAGUUUGCUAAAAAUAAUAUUUCAGAAUUACGAUUGCAACCACAAUUUGAGCUGGUGUCCUUUUGGCAUAGUUAGCUACCUUGGUGGUCCAACAACUAGCCCAAUAAUUUAAUUAGCCCAUCCCCUUUUCUCCAAAUUCGCGGUAAAACUACACAUAAGGAUGGUUAUGAUUGAUCUGGGACGCUUCUGGCUCUGUCGUCAUACCAAAACAGUUUGAGACGCUUGCUGAGUAAAACAGCAAAACUACUAGCUUCAUACUCUACAGCUAUCUAUAUUUCACGAAAUCGUAACAUUUGUAAACAAGGCUGUUCUGGCAGCAGAACUUCGAAAUCGAAAACCCGCAAACGCAUUCACAGGGGAAAUAUUUGGCAUAAACAUACUAUAGCUUAGCUAACUAAUGCUUGACGUCGUUAUCCAGAAUUGAACAACUAACUACGGACCUUCAAAAUGCAAUGUUGUGUUUGGGGGUGCAAGGCCCAAUAUCGGAAAGGAGGGGGGUUAGGGUUUUUCCGAUUCCCUACUGGAGAGAACAAAAUUGCUCAAAGUCAGAGGAGAACUUGGAUACAAAUGGUGAAGAGAGAAGACCCCGAACCAGAUCUGCCUUCCCGUGUGAGUGGUAAAUUGGUACUCCAAAUGGGAAACGACUGGCACCCUACUACCUCCUCUCGCAUUUGUGGGAGGCACUUUGUUUUAAAGAAACCAAACCUACAUCCGGACCACCCUGACUUUGCCCCAUCCCUCUUCCUUCGCCCAGAGGACUAUGCCUUGAGUCCUAACACAGCUCAGACAGAAGGGAAAAGAAACAUGCAGAGCUAUGACAGGGCAGUGAAGAAGAAGUGCCUUGACCUGAGUGAGGUUGGAGGUGCUGACCUGAGGGACAGUUAUGCUGACAACACAGAAGAAACUGAAGAGCAGGACCUGGGCACCUGUGUAUCGUGUGAGGUCCUGAGGAAGUCCUUAAAUGAUUUGCAGUCCAGGCAUGAUGCUCUGCAAGUCGAAGCUGUCAAUCUCAGGAUGGAGAGAGACUUUUACAAAGAGAAAGCAUCUCAAUCCUCUCUCUUUGUUGACACCUUUACAGACAGAGACAAUCAAACGCAUACAGUGAGAGAAGUGCCAAGCAUGGCUAAACAAAAUGGUAUGAACCAACAAUGUACUGGGAUGGUUGAGGAGCCAUGUCUUAUGGAGGUUGAGGAGCUUUGUCCUGUGAAGGUUGAGGAGCCAUGUCUUAUGGAGGUUGAGGGGCCAUGUUCUGUGAAGGUUGAGGAGCCAUGUCUUAUGGAGGUUGAGGGGCCAUGUUCUGUGAAGGUUGAGGAGCUGUGUCCUGUGAAGGUUGAGGGGGACUAUGAUCAAGUGUUGAUUAAGGAAGAGGAACAACAGGUCCAAAUAGAACUUUGUAGCCCCUUGGCUAGUCAGGACAAAGUGACCCAUGUCUCCCAGGAUAAACCUACCCAGCAUAACAACAUCAUGAAGGCCACCAGGCGACCAUGUCUGUUAGCUCAGGAUAAACCCAUCCAGAUAGUCAACACAAUGUCACUCACUAGAGUGGUAGCCCCCAGGCCCCCAAGUCAGGUAACCAAGGAUAAACCUAUCCAGCUUGCCAAAACCAACAACCAAUGUUCAGUGAAGGUUGAGGAGUCAUGUUUUGUGAAGGUUGAGGUGGACUAUGAUCAAAUGUCAAUUAAGGAAGCAGAGCAACAGGUCCAAAUAGAAAUCUGUAGCCCCUUGGCUAGUCAAGACAAAGUGACCAAUGUCGCUCGCAGGCUGCCAAUUCAUGUCCCCAAGGAUAAACCUAUCCAGCUUGCCAAAGCCGUAGUAGAAAGCCACCUAAUGACUAACCAUCUGCCUGGCAGCCAAACCACUGCUGAGCCUUUGCAGAAGACUCCUCUGUCAGCUCAAAGGACACCUGUUGCAGGCAAACUAAUUCAGAGAAGCAUAACAAACACAGAGAGGGAUGAGUUGCUUUGGCUGGGCUACAUGAAGUGGAAUGUGCAUCUUCCUGUAAGCACAAUUAGAACUGCACACAAGUUUCAGACGCCUAGGGCAACAGUGCAAUACCUUCUACACGCGGUCUUCUCCCAAUGUGAACUCGCCACCAGCAAUCUCAAGGGCAUUCCUGCACUGGGCCUUAACAAACUGGACCCGGACAAACUUUCUGCCAUAAGACAGUUUGUCACCACCAAGUUUCGCCGUUUAGACAUGCGUCAAUGUGGUAAAGACUGGGUAAAGUGCCGGCGCCAGAUAACCAGCAUGCUCAGGAACAUUCGGAAGGAGGACAGGAAGAUGAGGGGGCUCUCAGGAAACCUUUGUAUGAUAGAGAAGGUGUUAACGGAUCAGAGUUUGCCCAGUCAGCCAUCGCCUCUCUCAUUCCCCUCGAUCUCCCAACAGCACACAGCUGCCUUCUACAGCCCAACAGAAGAAGAAGAGAUCCUCUGUCUGGAGAGUUAGGUUACACAAUAUCUGUAAUGAUGUUUGCAUUUUCUUGUAAUAAACAGUUUGUUGGGUGUAAAAAAUAUAA